AACAACAAUCAAUAACAGCGGCCGUAUUGACUCUAUGCUUGAUUGUUUUUUUCAAUGUUGAUGCUUGAUACGCUAUAAUAUAGUUGUUAUUCUGACCAUUGAGGUGGGGGAUCUGCCUCAUUGAUUGACUCGGCUUUGCUUUGGAUGCCUUUGUUUACAUGCGAUGUAUGUGUCCGAGUAUUGAGAAAGUACGUGUAUACAACCAUGAUACAGGCUAGUAUAGGACACGCACGAAGAAGAAGCAGACGAACCACGAAGCCGUCUAAUAGAGAGCUCCAUGACCAUGCCCUAUUGCACAUGCACGAGGCCGAGGGUCAUAUGCCCUUUUCAUUUCUAUGUAACCAGACAUUGUUGUAAAGAACACAAUAACGGAAGGAGCUACACUUGUAGCUGAACACCAACUUCGGAACCAUGCUACAGCUUCAACUUCUUCGAGUUGUUGAUGAAUAAUGCUCACUGCUGCCCCGAACGUCUGCUACAUAGUAGUAGAAUAUAGUAUUGUGCUCGUCACAAUACUGUACUUUCUACAGCAGGAAGCAAGCCCUCUGGCAAGUCCUCUUGCAGCUUCCACCGGUCUAGCUCUGGAGUAAUUAACAUGGCUUGUACCUGUUCUACUAAUGCUCGAAGCAGCUGGGAGAGAUAUUCUUGUCCGGCUAUCCUUCCAAGUAGAUAUCUUCAAUGGUGGAAGUGGAUUGUAACUGUUUCUCUAGCUAUUGUCUACUUUGUGUCCUGGGGAAACAUCCAUAGCUACCCAUUGCUGUUCGGCCCCCUCCAGGAGGAAUUUCAAACGUCUGCGAUUGAAACAGGAUGGGUAGGGUCUGUCAACAUCGGGAUGAACUGCCUGGCCAGUCCGUUGGCAGCAUUCUUGGAGAGGCGAAUCGGCUUCCGCGCGACCAUAGUUCUAGGAGUUCUCUUCUGCGCCACCGGGGUCUUCGUAUCAUCAUUCGCGCCGCAACUCUUCAUGCUGUACUUCACCUAUGGGACGAUGUACGGCAUCGGUAUCAACCUCUCAUUCCAUGCCAGCUUAUGCCUCAUGGUGCAAUACUUCCCGAACAAGAACUGUCGUCGUGCCACUUCUGUCAUAAUGAUCGGAGGCACUUCUGGAAUGCUAGUCUUUAGUCCGGUCAUGGAGAGAUUAAUCGAAAUGUUCACGUGGCGUGGAGCCCUACGGAUCAGCGGGAUAUUCGUUCUCUUCCUUGGCCUCCCAUUUGCGUUGCUCUGCAAGUCACCAGAAGAGACUGUUAAAGAAGUGGAAAAGGUAGUCAGAAAGUACAGCAAAUGCGCCGAUUCCAUCGAGGAUACGGUUAACAAGUGCAAGCGGGAUCUUCAGAAGGUCUACCCAGGGUAUGAUCCUGAUGACAAGAGGGCAUGGAAGUCGGACUCAUCGGGAAACGAUGACGAAGACGAGUACGGCGAUGAGAGAGGUCCAUUGCGGGAUUCGAAGACGAGCGAUUUGAAAUCGCCAGACUCUAAAUGUGAGAAAGAACAUGCUAUUGAUCUCCUCGAGAAUGUUAUUGUCCAUGAAAAGGAGGAAAAGUCGGGUUGCCGGAAGUGGCGAAUCAUUCUUGGCUCGUGGCGGACCUGGAUUUUCAUCAUCUCCGUUUUCAUUUCAACAUUUUCAUGGAGUUUCUACUGGGUUAAUCUUGUCAGCCACCUGUCAAACGUUGGUCUCUCUCAGCGUCAGAGCGCUUUGGUCCUCUCAUCGUGUGCUGCUGCAGAGUUAAUCACGAAGGUCCUUCUAGCUCUUUUCGGCGAUCGCCUGCCUGUUAGUAAUGUAAGCAUUCUAGGCAUUCAAGGUCUCAUUACCAGUGCUUUCACCGUCGGGGUCAUGUUCAUCAAUAGCUUCGGCGCUGGUAUCGGCGUUAUUCUAGGUGUUGGAUGUAUGCGGGGUAUAUACCAGGUAGUUCCAUACAUGAGCUGUGUAGAAAUUAUUGGCACACGAUGGGGAGACGAGGCUCAGACCCUCACUCUCGUAGUCCAGGGCUUCGGAUAUCUGGUUGGGGCUCUUCCUUCAGGUGCAAUAUACGACCUAACCCAGUCUUACCAAACGUGUCUUGUGAUGGUUUUCAUUCUCUUCAUCGUGUCGUCAGUGGCGCUGUUCAUAAUACAGAUCUACGAUCGUUUCUGUGCCAGGAGACAGGAGAAAGAACUGUCUGCGGCCAAGGAUAUGCGUUUGAAACAUUUAUCCUUGCAAAAUGAGAUUAUUGGCGACAAGGUCACGACUGUAUAAGAUAGUAAAUGGUAAGGUAUGUGGGUCGUGAGAGAUAGAUCGUGAAGCGGAAAACAAGAGGCAAUGUCAUUUCAUUGGAUAUCUACAAGGAAAGAGAAUGACUCAAUAUCUUGCCUUCAAAACAUUCUGCCUUACAAAAUGAGAUUAUCAGUGUCAAUGUCUUUACUUUAUAAAACAAUGAAUGGAUGAGUUUAGAUAAGAAUGUAGUUUGUUAGAGGAAUGCGAUGUGAGUGGGUAUCUAUAAUAUGAAGUGGAAACCACUGUUAACCUCAAAUAUAUAUGCUGCCUUAAGAAAUGAGGUUAACGGCGACAGGUUCACGACUGUUUAAAACCGUGAAUGGACUUCAUUCACCAAGAGAUGUAGAUAAUGAGAGAUGAAUAGCCUAGAUAAUAAAGAUGGGAGAAUGUGAUGUGAUUGGAUAUCUUAAUAAAAACGAACCUAUAUAUGCAUGGUCUGAACUUCAAAACAUUCUGCCUCACAAAAUGAGGUGAACGGCGACAGUGUCGCGAUAGUAUAAAAUAGUGAAUAGACGAAACAUUGAAAGUAAGAGAUAAUGCUUGUUAUAAUCGACAGAUAUUGAAGAGGAAGAAAUAGGCAGAGUGCUAUGAUAAGAUAUUCAAAAAAUAGAAGUGAAAAACGUACCACUGGCCUUAACUUCAAAACACCGCCUUAAAAAAUUAGGUUAACGGCGACAGGGUCGCGGUAGUAUCACUAAUAGUGAAUGGACAAAUUGAGAUAUUCUGGAUGUGAGAGAAAGAGUUAGGAGUAAGGAUAUGAAAAUGUGUGCAAAUCGGAUAUAAUAAUGUUGUGAGUUGCACUUACAGCGAACAAAGUUCAAAUCAUUCUGCCUUCAAAGUGAGAUUAGUUAUUAGCGACAUGGAUAACAGGGUCAUGACCUUAUAACAAAUGGAAUGGAUGAUUUUUUUGUGUGUGUGAAAGUUUAGAGAAAGACUAAAAAACAUUGGAUGAAGUGAAAGGGGAAUUUUUAUUUACAAUCACCGAUGUAACUUCAACCACGCUGCCUUACAGAAUAUGGCUAUUUGGUUAAUAGCGACAGGGUCACAAUCGCGAAAAAAAUAAGAGAGAUAAAAAUAUAAUGAAAGAUAAUGUAUCUACUGAGAGAUUUGGGUAUGAGAAACAAAAAAUGAAAGAGAGAGAGAGAGAGCAACAAUGUAUGCAGAACAAGCGUAUCAUUGUGCUCUCUACAUUCUAUAAAGAAUAUUCCAAACUUUUACAUAUUUCUUGUGUGUGAAAUGAAUUUCUUCAGGAUAAAUCAUAUAUAAUUACAGGGUCUAUAUUUCAAGUCCCAUUAUGGCUAGUGUCUUUUGGCAAGACAUUAAUCCAGUUUUGCCACUUUUAACCCAGGCGUAUAACAUAGUGAAUUCCUAGAAUACUGUGAGCUCAUAAUUUUGUUUCCGUGAUAUCCUGAAGAGAUGGAAUAACAUUGAAAUGAUAACGGUUGCCUUGAACACUUUGGGAAAUUUAUAUCAUAUAUGGAGAUUGUUUACACUGGCAGAAAAUUAAUGUUGAUUGAAAAUCGUGAAGUUUGUUAAAAUGUGAACCAUAGUGAACCUACAAACAGAUUUAAGUGUUGGUAUUUCAUUUUUAACCAACAUUAAAAAUCAAUAAAAUAUUUUUUCUUUGGAGAGGGGAGCAUUAGAAUUUAACUUCAAAGCCCAGUGUAUGAAUGAGCAGUGGGUCUUGUGAACGUUUCAUUGCAAUAUUAUUUCCACAUAGUUUUAUUUUUACCCAAGGUUGGAGCACCCGUUCUUGAGUUCUCUUUAACCCCCCCCCCUUCCUCCUCUCCCUCUCCCCCUCGUCCCUCAUCCCCCUCCCAUCCCUCCUAGACAAAUUUGGCAGAACAUCGUCCACUUCAUAAAACACUGGUGUUCUUAUUCGACGUCAUGUUCUCCUAACUAGACGUACUUUGGUUUAUUAUACUUAAAGGACAAGUCCACCCCAACUAAAAAGUUGGUUCGAAU